GCCGGGAAAUUUAAGGACGGUUCUUCUUUCGUGAGGUGCUCCUCAAGGGAGAGCGAGGCCAUGGCUUCUCCGGGAAGAGCCCCCCCUGACGUACCGAUGGAGCUUCACGCUCUAAACCGAUCCAAGCUCCUCAAAUCCCUUCGCCAGCGCCUCCAAACCCUAAAUCAUCCCCUCCAUGGAUUCGUCUUCCUCCAGGGAGGGGAGGAGCAGACUCGCUAUUGCACUGAUCACACCAUCCUCUUCAGGCAAGAAAGUUACUUUGCAUAUUUAUUUGGAGUGAGAGAACCAGGAUUCUAUGGGGCUAUUGAUAUCUGUUCAGGUAAAUCAAUUCUUUUUGCUCCUAGGCUGCCUGCAGAUUAUGCAGUUUGGUUGGGUCCUAUAAAGCCAUUGUCCUACUACAAGGAAAGAUACAUGGUUGAUGUGGUUUCUUUUACAGACACGAUUGUUCCAGUGCUAUUUGAUCAUUACAAGGGCUCGGGAAAACCUCUGUUGUUUCUUUUACAUGGGUUAAACACUGAUAGCCAUAAAUACUCAAAGCCUGCUGAGCUUGAGGAAAUGGACAAAUUUCAGACUGAUUUAAAUAUACUACAUCCUAUAUUGGCUGAGUGUCGCAUUUUUAAGACUGAAUUGGAGCUCUCCCUCAUACAAUACGCCAACGAUAUCAGCUCAGCUGCUCAUAUUGAGGUGAUGAGGCGAAUAAAAGCAGGCAUGAAGGAGUAUCAAUUGGAAAGCAUAUUCCUUCAUUACAUCUAUAUGUAUGGUGGUUGUCGACAUUGCUCAUACACAUGUAUAUGUGCAACUGGUGAGAAUAGUUCUGUUCUUCAUUAUGGACAUGCUGCGGCACCAAAUGACCGGACACUUGAAAAUGGAGAUAUUGCUUUGCUUGACAUGGGAGCUGAAUACCAUUACUAUGGUUCUGACAUAACAUGUUCGUUCCCUGUUAGCGGUAAAUUUUCCAGUGACCAGCGCCUUGUUUACAAUGCAGUUCUCAAGGCUCACAAUCAUGUGAUAUCGACAAUGAGACCUGGUGUGAGCUGGAUAGAAAUGCACAAAUUAGCUGAGAAACUGAUUCUGGAGUCUCUGAAGAUGGAAGGAAUUCUUCUUGGUGACAUUGAUGAAAUGAUGGAGAGAAGACUGGGUGCUGUUUUUAUGUCACAUGGUCUUGGACAUUUUCUUGGAAUUGAUACCCAUGAUCCAGGAGGCUAUGCUGAGGGAAUGGAGAGGUCAAAAGAACCAGGAUUGAAGGCAUUAAGAACCAUUAGAGAACUCCAAGAGGGCAUGGUUAGUAAUUGACAAUCUUUGUAAUAG